AUGUUGGAGGCACUUGGAUUCGCUACCUCCCCCGCUGCUGCUGCUGCUACAGCGAGUCUUGCGGCAGACAGCAACGCGCUGGCGCUUGCCGUCUUGCGGCAACACACGAGGACGUCCGUCGAGGCAGCAAAUGUGAGGGCUGCCGCUGCUGUAACGCUCGGUGCUCUUGCCUCCUCUGGAGCAUCUUCGGAGUCGGUAGGCUUUGCAGCAGAGGCUCCUGCAGGGUCUGCUGCGGCAGCUUUAGACGAUUCGUGCGAAGCGCCUACUGCGCUUGCAGGAGAUGCAGCAGCAGCAUUGCGAAUUCUGCAGCAGCAGAGCUGCUGGCAGCGGCUGCAGCAGUGGCGAGGAGACCGCAUGCAACUCGAGCAGUGGCUAGCAGAUUCGGCCGUCGCGCUGGGGUUGUUGCAACUGCUCACUCUUGCCUAUUAUCUGUCGCCGAAGAGCAGCCGCAGCAGCAACGCGGAGCCUGCGCUCGAAGCGGAAGAAAGUGCAGCAGCGGCGUUUUCUCGCCCCCCCCCAGCAGCCGCUCUUGCGGCUAAAGCUGCGCCUGAUGCGCUGCACUUCAUUGUGGAGGGCACUGCGAUUUGCCUAGACACUGCCAGCUCCUCGCCGCAGCAGCGUCUGCGGCUGGAUAGUGGCACCACGUUUUUGCGGCUGUUGUACAGUGACAUGCAAUGCGACCUGCGCUUCUGCUCGACUAGUGGAGCGGUGCUGCUGCGGUGUCUCUGGCUCCCUCCAAGGCUGCAGCAGCUGCUGCAGGAGGCAGUGGGGGCACAUGUAGGUGACCUCCUGCUGCUGCUGCCGCUGCUACGCAGCCUGGCGCUUUGCAUGCGCUUCGCUGAGCAGGCAGAGGCAGCAGGAGCUGCUGUGGUGCCUGCCGCGGAGGUAGGAGCAGCUACGUGGCGACCACCGCUACAAACUGCUGCUGCUCCUGCCGCUGCUGCUGCUGUACUGCUACCUCCAGGCAAUCCAGCAAAAGCAGCAGCACCACCAUCGUCAACACAGCCGCCUGGAAGCGUCUUGUCUACUGAGGCUAUCGACGCGCUUCGGCGUCUUCUGCACUGCGACGCUGCUGCUGCUGCUGCUGCAUGCGCAGCAGCAGCAGCUGCUGCUGCUGCUGCAGGGGAUGCCGAAGUCGCAGCCACCGAGCUCUCCCUCACGGGGACCGCUCCAAAAGCUGCUUUUCGCUGCUGCUGCGAGAAGAGGAAGUGA